AUGGAAGGAAAGCCCCAUCUCUGUCUGUUUGCCACACGGGACAUCGACCCAGGAGAGGAGAUCACAUAUAAUUAUGGGGACUCAGACUGGCCUUGGAGAAGCAAGCCUCCUGAUGUGGACAUGUCCUCUCCGAGAGCUUCUGGUGCCACAGACCCUGGACAGUGCUCCGUGGACAGACAGGACUCCCCAUUGCCUGUGAGCCAAAGUGACCAGAGUCCAGUGCUUGGGCUGCAACCCAGUUUUGAAAAGCCUCCUGAUGUGGACAUGUCCUCUCCGAGAGCUUCUGGUGCCACAGACCCUGGACAGUGCUCCGUGGACAGACAGGACUCCCCAUUGCCUGUGAGCCAAAGUGACCAGAGUCCAGUGCUUGGGCUGCAACCCAGUUUUGAAAAGCCUCCUGAUGUGGACAUGUCCUCUCCGAGAGCUUCUGGUGCCACAGACCCUGGACAGUGCUCGGUGGACAGACAGGACUCCCCAUUGCCUGUGAGCCAAAGUGACCAGAGUCCAGUGCUUGGGCUGCAACCCAGUUUUGAAAAGCCUCCUGAUGUGGACAUGUCCUCUCCGAGAGCUUCUGGUGCCACAGACCCUGGACAGUGCUCCGUGGACAGACAGGACUCCCCAUUGCCUGUGAGCCAAAGUGACCAGAGUCCAGUGCUUGGGCUGCAACCCAGUUUUGAAAAGCCUCCUGAUGUGGACAUGUCCUCUCUGAGAGCUUCUGGUGCCACAGACCCUGGACAGUCCCUUUACAAUAGACAUGGACAGGACCCCACGAAGCACGAAUAUGUACGUCAGAAGCUCCGAGAAGUGGGACGACUACUGGUAUGUCUGCGCAACGACUUCUCGAUACACAGCCUGGAGGAGGCUAUAAAGCCUUCAAACUUUCAGAUUGUUGUUCGGGCAGUCAAAAAAGUUGCUGGGUUUGAUGAGGAAAAGCUCUCCUAUCACACCCCAAGUCUGGCUUUGAAGUUGGGGCACACACUUAACAAAAUCUGUGAUAUCAUUCACUGCCGGGCCCUGAUGGCCGAAGAUGAAGCACUUAUCAAGUCAGCUGAAACAUUCAGCAAACUUUACACCUCCAAGUGGUGUGAGUUGGUUUCCCACGGUGCCCUCAACACUCUGAGUAGUGCAAAGUACAAUAAACCAACAACCCUGCCCUUUACUGAGGAUGUUCGAACACUCCACCAGUACCUCCAGAAGACUACAGACAGUGCUGCUGCCAACCUGGUUGGGGAAGCCACGUCCAAAAACUAUGCUGAGCUUGCUAAAGUUACUUUAGCACAGAUCAUUGUAUUCAACCGGAGACGUGCUGGAGAAGUUUCCAAAAUGCUGUUGAAAAGUUUUGAGGAUCGGGACAGAUCAAAGCUGCAUGAAGAUGUUGCUUUGGCCCUGUCAAAACUGGAGCAGAAAUUGUGCAACUAUUUCACCAGAGUUGAAAUUGUUGGGAAAAGAGAAAGAAAGGUGGUCAUUCUUCUCACACCUUGCAUGGUCGACGCCCUGACACUACUGACAAGCAAAAGGAAGGAAUGUGGUGUCUUGGACAACAAUGUCUUCCUGUUUGGAAGACCCCAAGCUCAGAGCCACUACAGAGGACAAGACUGUUUGCGCCUUUAUGGAAACCGGUGUGGAGCAAAGCACCCAGAGCUCCUCCGGUCAACUCAGCUCCGAAAACAUGUGGCCACGCUCUCACAAAUCCUGAAUUUGAAAAAAAAUGAACUUGAUCAGGUCGCAGACUUCCUUGGACAUGAUAUCCGUGUCCAUCGGGAUUUCUAUAGACUACCAGUCCCAACCACACAGUUGGCCAAGAUUUCCAAGCUACUAUUGUCCAUGGAGAAAGGCAAUCUUUCUGGCCUGCAGGGAAAAUCAUUGGAUGAAAUUGAAGUUGAAGACGAGAUACUACUCAGUGACACUGAAGCCAAGGACAGUGGCACCGACUCUGAGGACAGCGGCACUGAGUCCAGAAAAACCCAGUCUGAAGAUGAGGAAGGCCUGGGACUGUCAUCAGGAGGCACAGACAUGGAGCAGGCCCAUGCCUCUCUGGACCACGAGACACUUUCGCAAGCGACAUCCUCGAUGGGAGAGACUACACCAUCUGAAGGAAAAAAUGACAGGCAGGAGUGUGAAGCAAGAAGACUACCAAAGAAGAUGUGGUCCAAAGCUGAAGUUGCAGCAGUGAUGCGACAUUUUGGAGAGCACAUUACCGAGGGGAAACUCGCCUCCAAACCUGAGUGCAGGCAGUGCCAGCAGGCGGAAGACCCUGUGCUGUCACAGCGAAGUGUACAAAAUAUAAGAGACUUCGUCAGAAACCGAAUCACUACAAACAAGAGGCAGGCUCAGAGGAAACUUUAAGCAUGUGUUGCCGUUUACUUGAAUUCCCAGCCCACUGAGGUGUGGUUCAGUUGAUGUACAGAGGCAAGUUCAGCAGGUUCUUGUUAAAAACAGCCAAGGGGGCACUUAGUUAAAGGAAUACUCGAACGAUUUUGUACCCACGCCCUUUCCCUAUCAUUGACAAAGUGAGACAAGCUCAAAAAUACCUUUUUUGUGUCUCUGCUUCCAGUGGCUGGUUCCCAGCUGUUAGCAUCGUAGUUAGCUUAGCUCAAUUGCUGAAGGGCAAUAGCAGUCGGAGCCGGACUGACGGAAGUGGGCAAAGUACUCCUUCCAGUGGUCCAGGGGACGGCGUAUUAGCACGUGAAGUAAAUUCGAAUGGUUGUGAAACAUUUUGAAAGACGUGUUUUCUUUUCAACCCGUUAAAAUAACGUUUUGAUACAUGCAGACCUGCGCAUGCGCAGUGCUCCGUGGAAGGAUAUACCAGAGCACAGCAGUAGCAGCCGGAAGGAGCAGA